UUCCGGGCCCAGGGGCGUCGUGCCGCGCCCCCAGGCGCGGGGUCUCCCGGUCCUAAGUUCGGCGGCCAGAAGCUCGGUCCUGGGGCCGGCCCGCCCGUCGCCCUUCUCCGACUUCGUCUGUUCAGUGGGGACUGAGCCUCCCGCCGCGCGGAGACCGGGAGGUGAAGCGUUCGCGGGACUCGAAACCCAGGCUCGAGCAGAAGGGCCCGCAGGCCGGCAGCCUGAGCAGUCCUAGGGCAGAAGAUGGCCAAGGAAAGAUGCCUCAAAAAGUCUUUUCAAGAUAGUCUUGAAGACAUAAAGAAACAAAUAAAAGAGAAAAGGAGUAAAAAUUUGACAGAGAUUAAACGAAAGUCUUUGAUCAUUGCACCAUGCCAAACAACCACCAACACUUCCAAAGUGCUAAACUACGAAGACAACAACAGAAUGUUAGCCUUAGCUUUGGAAAAUGAAAAGUCCAAAUUGAAAGAAGCCCACGAUGUCAUCUUAAAGCUGAGGAGAGAAUGUUACUUCCUCAGCUAUCAACUAUACACACUGAAAAAUAAACUUACGUCACAACAGACAGAAGAACCUGCUCAGAACCUAGAAUUAUGUCCCUCUGGAAUGGACUCCAAAAUUGGAACGGACUCCAAUAGUGACAACAACUCCAGAGACUUGUUUGUGAAGCAUUUACCGCAAGUUCUUGAGGAUGCUGACUGUCCAGGACAAGAAGAAUCAUUCCAAGUAGAAGAGCCAAUACCUACUAUUUCUCAAGACAGACCAGGAUUUGAUUUGGAUUCAAGUGAAGAUAAGUCAACCGAUAUUGUCUUACCUAGAACUAUAUCUCUCCGUCGUGGUUUAAAGAAAUACAUUAACAGUCCAUGUCAGAUUACUGCUGUGGAUGAUUUUGGAAUCAGUCAUUUGUCAGAGGACUCUUUGGAACUAGAAAGGAUUAGAUUUGCAGACCCACCUAUAAGCACACGGAUACCUGAAAAUAGAGAACAAAGUGUUUGUCGGUACAACAGGAGUCAAAUUUACUCAUCACCAAGGCUGAUUCACCCAGGACGAGCUACUAAAACAAAGAAAAACGUUUAUGAUUAUAAAUCACAACAAACUAAAAGUAAGCAUAGAGGUGCCAAAGAAAGAAAAGGAAAAGAGAAAGCUAACAAAAGGGGAAAAUCAAAAUCUGUAUCAAAGUAUAAAGGGAGCAAAAGUGAAAAUAAAACUGUUUCCAAAAAAAAGUUGAAUGAAGUUGUCACCUCCUGUGAUGCUUACAAUUUUAAUUUGGAAGAAGGUGUUCACCUCACUCCUUUCCGGCAAAAAGUGUGUGAUGAUGCUAAAAGAGAAGAAACCAACAAUGAAUCUGAAGUGAGCAUCUGUGAAUCAAGCUGUUCAGGAGAUGAUUCUGAUGACCUCUAUGUCCCCACAUGCAAGUCCAGUCCAGAUCUCAGCAGUGAAUCAACUAGGAGUCCUGUCCCCAGGCCUCGACCUAAGCGAGCACUAAGACAUCAGGGCGGAAAGGGGACGGAGGGCUCUGAGACAAGGGAAGCUCCUCCUGGUGUACUGCUUGAAACUCACCAGUCACCUCAUUUUAGCCUGAAGGAUAUCACGAAUGUUCCUUUGUAUCCUGUGAUGAAAACUAGAAAGCUUUCUCUUUCUCCAAAAAAGAAUGUAGAAAGCCCACCAGUGUCUUUACGUAAACGCAGGUGCACAGCCGCCAUCGUGAACUAUAAGGAACCCACGCUUGCUUCGAAACUGAGAAGAGGGGACCCUUUUACAGAUUUGUGUUUCUUGAAUUCGCCUAUUUUCAAGCAGAAAAAAGAUUCCAGACACUGUUCUAAAAAAAAAAAAGUGUGAAGCAAGUACAAUGAAGCCUGUGUUAGAUGCUAUUGAAAUUCAUCCUGCACCCGCUUCUGUGGCGCCAAGAGGGAAUCUGAAAAAUAGUAUUCAAAUGGUUAAACUAUUGGCCGUAGAAUAUUCUCUUGACAAGAUUGUAGAUCAUGAGCAUGUCUUCAAAACUAUACUUCAGAAGUGAUGUGUCUUCUUAAACCUUUGAUACAUUUGGUUUAUUUUUCUUCUAGCUAUAAAUAAUUGGACUGAAGCACUAUCAUAGUUUAGAUUUUUUUUUAUAUUGCCUAAAACUUAAUUGAUGUAUCUUAUACCAACAUUGGGACAUUAAUCAUGUUUCUUCAAAUUAAGAUGUUUUCGUUAUAAGGCAUCUUUUUUUCCCUUAGGUGGGUAGUACUAUGAUUGAAUGAAUUUUUGAAGACAGACUGAGAAUCUUCUGAAACUCUUUGUACAGUGUUUGAAUAAAAUGAAUCCUUGUCAUUCGCAGUAGAGCAUACGCUAAGCUGUUCGUGGGUUCCUUAUACCAUCGCUGUAUUUGAUUUUUUUCAGACAAAAUGUGUAUGAGAUCGUGAUUAGAGCACGAUGGUUGCUUAGGCUCAGGGACUGGGUAAGUGACUACCUCUGAACCCACAGCUCCACAUGCCCGUUGUUGAAAGUGAUACGUUAGCAUAAUCACAAAUUAUUGCGUCAUGGCCUCUCAGAAUAGUUCCUUGUUUAGUCAGAAAUGCCAAAUGUUAAACGUGUGAAAGCCAAGGCCUUCUUUAUGCAUUUGCUCAAAUUCCUAAGUCCAUGGCCGAGGGACACUGCCAGUGGCAGAAGUGAGGUGUGCUCAAACCUGAAGCCACGAAUUACCUCAAGUCAGGUCCUCAGGUGACGUGAAGCCAGUUUGCGACCCAGCCAACCUGGGACCCCAAUGUGGAGAGUAGACCGCAGCCCGAGCUGGAGUGGGUCUGGCCUGGUUUAACUGCUCCAGCCUGCCCGGGGAGGACCAGCUGGUUUGGGGUCUCUGCCUCUGCCUGUAAAUCCUGGUGUGACUUCAUUUCUUCAAGGUUCCUAAUUAAAGAAUAGAAUCUACCUUUCUAAGAAAAAAGUAAAUUCAGUGAGAGUUCAGUUCUGAGAGUUUGAAACCUAUACUUUUAUAUACUUCUGUAAAUUUUGAUUCGUGUUUAAAGAGUAAUAAAGUUUGUAUAAGAUAGUGCGUCUGUUUUUUUCCAUUCUUUAAAUACAGACGUAUCCUAGCUCUCUGGUCAUCUUUGUCUCCAGCCAUCACUGCUCUCACCCUUCCUGGGCAUUUCUCCCCACAAACCUUGGCUUUCCCUGUGGUCAUCGCCUCUGUCACAUUACCAUCCUCACGGUCUCUUCUCUUUUCUCUUCUCACUGGAGCCUCCCUAUCCCAGUCAGCAGUGUCUGUGUUCCCAGCUGCCUCUUCUGACCCUGACCUCAAGUUGUCUACUGCAUCUCCAUACCUGCCUGCGUUCCGUGCUAGUCACACCCGAAAUCCUUAACGUCAGCCCAGACUUUCCUGCCCCUGAUGGAAUCACGGGUUCAUAUGCCCUACUCUCCAUCACAGUCUCUUAUUUUUCCAGUUUGUUUAUUCAGCUACUGCCCUUCCACCUGCUGUUUGAAUUCAUUCAAACUCUAGGAUGGCUGUCUUAAUUAGGGUUCAGUACAAUUUUUAAAGCUUGUCAGUCACAGCUGCUGCAUUGCAAGUGCUCAAUAGCCACAGGUGACUAGUGGUUACCACACUGGGGACAACGCAAAUAUAGUCCAUUCCUGUCAUUCCAGAAAGUCCUGUUGGACUGAUGGCUACUUUGGCUAGUAGUUAGCACACUGCAGCCUGCAGGUCCAAGUAUAACUCGUUUUUGUCUUAGUAAUAAAAAAUGCAUUCAGUGAAAAAGAAUCUGUUUUAUAAAAUAUAUUUUUCUUUAAAUCUUAAAAAUUACUGUUUUUAACAGUCUGUCUGCUUUUGCAUGGUCUGCAAGGUAAAGAUGCUUUUUGUCUUUAAAUAAAAAACUUGCUAUUGAUUUAUUUUAUCCCUUAAGCUUGCAAAGUCUAAAAUAUUUACUCUCAAGCCCUUUACCCCAAAGGCUUGCCAACUCUUGCUCUUCACCAUUGACUGCCUUUACUAUUACUUUAUGGAUCUUUCUCUUCUGACAUUUUUGGAUCUACCUUUAUCCUCACCUUCCUUUCACCUCCAAAAUCAAUUAUUCUGAAUUUGGUGGCUUUAUCCUUUUUUUAAUUCACUUUUGGCUGUGCUGGGUCUCCACUGCCACACUCGGACUUUCUCUAGUUUCUCUGCUCUUCGGCGCGGUGCACGGCUGUUCUGCAGUGGCUCCUCGUUGCCGAGCACAGGCCCUCGGUGUGCGGGCCUCAGUUGUUGCAGCACACGGCCUCACUAUUUGCGGCUUGCUGGCUCUAGGGCUCAUGGGCUUCAGUGGUUUUGGUGCACAGGCGUAUCAGCCGUUCCUUGGCAUGUGGAUCCCUCCUGGACCAGGGAUCGAACCUAUAUCCCCUGCAUUGGCAGGUGGAUUCUUACCCACUGCACCAUCAGGGAAGUCCUAUACUUCUAUAGUUUCUGUAUUUUACUAUUUCUUUAUUCUUGUAAAGUGUUUAUCCAUAGACUAUUAAGAUUUCUUUGUAUUUUAACAUUUUACAUGAAUGUUAUGUUGUAUACAUCUUUUUACAACUACUUUUCACUCAACACUGUUUUUAGAUUUGUCCAUGUCGGCAGAUGUAGCUUAUUUUCCUUGGUGUACAAAAUUUUAUUAUAUAAACCACACUUCCUCUUCUUUUCAGAAACAAUUGGCUUCCACUUUGUCAUUAUUAUAAAUGAGUGUUUCACUGAAUAUUUUGUGUUCUUAUAUGUAUAAAUAAGUUUCCAGGGAGUUAGUACCUAAAAGUAGGGUUGCUCUUCUCCUGAUAGAAUGAGUAUAUCAUUUUCCAAACAACAAUUCUUUAAAAUUUAAGUAUGUAUUUACUUUUUGUAGUAUACUUGAUUUACAAUGUUGCAUUAGUUUCUGGUAGGUAUACAGCAAAGUCAUUCACUUAUAUAUAACCUAU